AUGCAUCCACGUUAUCUUUCAGCAUCAGCUCCAGGACUGCUUCAAUCUAAAUCAAUUAAAGAUCUGAGAAAGGCUGGAAGAACGAUAUCUCGAGGGAGUGAAACAUUAGUAAGAGAAAGUGAUAUUGAACAAUCUCAACCAAUCGCGAAUCUCAUCGGACCAAUUAGAGUUGAUACUUCGAGAAAGAUGUCACGGCAAGCAAAUGCGGACAUUUUAAUAGAGGAUCGUAUUGAGCUGAUCGGCUCUGGUGCACGCGACACUACGAAAAAACUUAUUGCGAUUACACCGAGAAUAUGCCAACGAUGCGAUGAGAACGUUAAAGUGAAACCAAAAACAAGUCAAUCAGUAAAAAUUGGUGACAAUUAUAUUGUCAUUGAACGAUCAUCAACACUCAAGCCAAUGAUUCUGUCUGAUGGAAAAUCAAAACGAUUCGAAGAGACGCAUACCUAUCAAACAAGAACACCUCAUUUAGUGAAUAAAGAUACUGAAAGGAACGUUAAGUCGGAAAGCACAUCAAAUGGCAAAAGAAUGUUCAGUUUACAAGGUCCACUUAAGGUGGAAUCAAAGCAGCAAAUCGUCGCGGGUAAAAGAGGCGGCUAUAUUGUCGUAGAAGAUAUUCUGCUCCGUGCGAACGGAAGUACCAAUGAGCCACGUGAUGUAAGUUAG